AUGGCUGGCCGCAAGACUUUGUUGGCGCCGAUCCAUUUUAUCUUCAGCCUGCUGCAGAAGCGCAGUACGGUUUCUAUCUGGCUGUACGAGCAGCUCGCCUUCCGGAUAGAGGGCAAGAUCCGAGGAUUCGAUGAGUUUAUGAACCUGGUCAUUGACGAUGCUGUGGAGGUGCGCCUCGCAACCAAGACCGAGGAAGAGAAGCGCCGCCCGCUCGGCCAAAUCCUGCUCAAGGGCGACAACGUGUCACUGAUCCAGGCCGUUUGA